UCCAUAACAAAGUGUUGUUUAUCCGGGAUGUUUGACAACAAUCUUGUGUUCCCGGAUAUCCGUAGAUCAAGUCCAUGCAACGAUUUUUGUGUACGUCUGGAGGGCCGGUGCAUUUUGAUGUACUUGUUGCAGGAGGAGGACUGGUUGGUGCAUGUUUGGCGUGCAGUCUGGGAAGGUUAUCAGUGUUGAAAGAUAGGAAACUGGCUGUGUUGGAAGGACAGAAGUUAAAGUCUUUGGAUAAAUAUUCGAAAUCGUAUGUACCUGAGACGUACAGUAAUCGUGUCAGUGCUAUUACUCCAGGCUCGGCUGCCUUGCUAGACGAAAUUGGGGUGUGGCAAGAUAUAAAGAAAACUCGAUUCAAACAAUUUAACAGAAUGCAGGUGUGGGAUGCAUGCAGUGAGGCCCAUAUAUCUUUCAACUGUGAUGAUGUUGCUGCUCCACGUAUGGGCUACAUAGUGGAGAAUGACGUCAUAGUAGCUGCUCUGCACGAACGUCUGAAAAGUUUUCCCAACAUCGAGGUCUUGGAAGGAGUUCGCGUAGAAGCAAUUCAAUCAGACAACAAGGACAAGGCAUCAUGGCUGAGCUGCACAUUGAGCAACAGUUCACUUCUCAACACAAAACUUCUAAUUGGUGCAGACGGAGCAACAUCAACAGUGAGAAGGGCUGCAAAUAUGGAAAACUACUCGUACAGCUACAAUCAGAUGGCUGUUGUAGCAACACUCCAGCUGUCAGAACCAAGUGACAAUCUUACAGCUUGGCAAAGGUUCCUUCCAUCUGGUCCAAUAGCUUUGCUACCUCUGUCUGAAAACGCAUCCUCACUUGUGUGGAGCACAUCACCUGAUCAUGCACGGUCUCUUUUGGAAAUGUCGGGAGACAGUUUUGUUGAUGCUGUUAAUUCAGCUUUUUGUGAAGACUACCCAAGACAUACAUUUGUUGAGUCAUCACUUGCAACUCUUAAUGCAAUCAUACAAACAGUCGGUGGAGGUGCAAAUCAAACGGUUUUCCAGCUUCCACCUUCUAUAUUGAAUGUGACAGACAAAAGCAGAGCAUCGUUUCCUCUCCAUCUCGGCCACAGUCCGCAGUAUGUUCGGAGGAGACUUGCUCUUAUAGGUGAUGCAGCUCAUCGAGUGCAUCCAAUGGCAGGACAGGGAGUCAAUUUAGGAUUUUCGGAUGUGCAGUGUCUUGCGAAUCUGAUAAAGGAAGCAGCAGGACAAGGACAAGAUCUUGGUUCUUUGCAUUAUCUACGUUCUUAUGAAAAAGAAAGGCUACAAAAUGUUGUGCCAAUGAUGGCAGCAAUCGACGGCUUGAACAGGCUCUUUACAACAUCGGUUAUUCCUCUUGUGUGGGCUCGGGCUCUUGGUUUACAAUUAACCGAUGCUUUUGCACCAGUAAAGCGAAGUAUCAUGGAAUUCGCAAUGAAGUAAGAGAAAGAACACAAACAGAAGACAAACAGUCAAGAGACUCGAUAGACUCCAUCAACAGUCGGUAUUCUGUUUCAAGGUCCACAUUGUCUAAUUGAAAGCUACUAUUUGCCUUUUGUGUCAUAUUCUCUGGGCAUUAACCUAGAGAACACAGUCAGUUGUAAGUUAUGUAUAACAAUGUGUAUGAGAGUGGAGAUGCUUACAAUAUCAUCAAUCUUGAGAAUGCUA